AUGGCCUCUACAGAACCCGCACAGCUGCCUCCGGCGGCUGAACGCCAAUCCGAGUUCGAGCAAGCCGUCGCAUACGCCCUUCACCUAUGGCCUGCCCUUACACUCUCAGUCCAGAACGGCUGGGGUGGUCCCGACUCUGCCGACAAGCGCGAUUGGUUUGCCGGCGCCGUUGCCGACCUCUUCCCAGAAUAUACCGAUACACCUCCCAAGAAUGGAAAGGUUCCCGAGGAUCCUGAUCUAGAGGAGGUUGAGACUGUCCUGCUCCAGAUCAUGGUUGACGAGUUCGAGGUCAACGUCGACGACGACUCGGGUACAGAAGUUGCUGGAAAUAUCCUCCGUGCUCGCGCGAGCUGCACUCUCGGAACCUUUGACGAGGUCAAGACUCUGCGCACACGCUGGUUGAACCGCAAGGGGACAAAGGUUGAGGGUAUGUUCAAGAAGGCUGAGGAUGCCGAUCAGGACACAGACUGGGAGAGCGAUGAGGACGAUUCAGAGGAUGACGAGGGUGGUGCUGAUGUCGAGAUGGACGAGGCUCCCCCUCUGGUUGCGGCUCCUAAGGAGAAGCCCCAACCUCAGGUCGACGAGGAUGGCUUCACGAUGGUCACCAAGAAGAAGAAAUAA